UUUCUUAGUGAUGCGCCAACUCACGUAAACAACCGGAUUGUUGUCAUCAUGGCGGACACUUUUACAAUGGGAAGGGAAAUUUUAAGAAUGUGUUAGAUUUUUCCUAAUUUCAGCAUGUGAAUUCAAUUAUCUCAACAUUUUCUUGUGAAGAAUAUGGGAAUGGACAUUUUAAAGGACGGGAUAUAUUCAAUUUCAUUUAUUUUUAGUCUGUAACGAGGUGAAGAGUGUAUGGUUUUAUUUUUCAUGAGAUCAAAUUAAACGUACAUGUAGACUUCUAAUAUUUUGUGUACAGAAAACAUUUAUUUUAUAACAAUACGAUUUCCGAGAUAUUUACAUGCUGUCCUAAUUAAUCCUACCAAUCUUUGUAGCAGAUUAAUUAAAUCAAAUUAACUACAUUAUCUUUAAUUAAUACCUGGAUUUAAUCAUCAAGUUCUAACAAGUUUUGCACAGAAAUAUUUGUAUUUUCUUCCUUGAACUUACAAUAAAUGAUCAGCCUGAUGGGGAAAUGUUUUUCAUGUCUCAAAAGAAAAACCCAGCCAAGAAGGGAGGUAACAUUAGCUAUCUUGGGUCUGGACAAUGCUGGGAAAACUACUGCCACGAAAGCUUUACUUGGAGAGACCCAUCAUGACACAGCACCAACAGUUGGAUUUACAAGUGAAAGUUUGACUUUGGACCAUUAUGAAAUCAAAAUAUUUGAUCUGGGUGGUGGCAAAAACAUCAGAAGGAUAUGGAAGGAAUAUUUUGUAGAAGUUUACGGAGUUAUUUUCGUUGUGGAUUCUUCUACGCCAGAGAGAUUAGAAGAGGCGAAAGUUGUCUUGAAAGGAUUGCUGGAGGACGAAAAAGUAGCAGGAAAACCCAUACUACUACUUGCCAAUAAGCAAGACCACCAAAAUGCCAUGGAUGAAGUUGAUAUAUGUGACCAACUUGGUUUAGAAGAUUUAGUAAAUGCUAAUAAAUGUCCUUGUAGAAUUGAAACCUGCUCAGCACUUAAAGGUACUGGUAAAAAGAUGGAUAAUAAUAUAAAAGUUGGACUGAAAUGGAUGUGUGCCACAUUAGAGCAUAACUGGCGUGUUUACCAACCUCGUGUAGAAAAUGAUAUGGAGGUCGAGGCUGCAAAGAAACGGAAGGAACUAGCGGAAAAGAAGGAAAGAGUACGCAAGAUAAGAGAAGAAAGAGAGAAAAAAGAAGAGGAAGAAAGGAAGAGACUAGGAAUAGAAAAACCUGUGAGUGACGACGAAGACCAAUUAGACGGUGAUCCAUUUAAACGUGUUGAUGUUAAUAGCCUGAAUGAAAAGGAAAAAAGAAUGAAAGAAGAAAAAAGAAAGAAGAAGGAAUUAGAGCUGAAGAUGUUAGGACGAGAUACGAAUGAUAAUAACACUGUUAAUAAUGACCUUGAUGAAUCUGAAGGUGAAAUAAGGUCAAGUCGAUCUUUGAAAUAUUUAGGACUACGUAAUGGACUAAGUAGUAAUGAAAAUCACAUGAAAAAUGGAAAUUUAAACACACUUAGUAGUGAAAACAAACUACCUUAUGAUUCUGAACAGGAUAGUGACCUUGACAUAACCUCUAAGAAAAGUCGCCGUGCAACGCCACGGUUACCUCCCCUUCAGAAACCAUUAGGUACUAAAUUUUCACCAGACGACCAAACAACCGGAAAGAAAAAACGCAAGAAAAAGAAAUUGAAAGCUCUACAGGAAAAAAUGGAAGAAGAUGAGGACAUGGGAGAAAGUUUUCAACCUUCAAAACAUUCUGUUCAAUCUGUAUCAAAGAUUGAAGUCAAUACACUAAACCCUUAUACUGAAAAUCAAAAUAGUUUCCAUAGUGACACAAGUUCUAGCAAACAUAUUGUGGUAGGAAAAACCUUAUCUUAUGACAACGAAACGGAGGAAGAUACGACCCCAAGGUCACAUAAGAUUAAGAAGAAAAAGAAGGUGAAGUCAAAAGGAAUGCACCAAUCCUUUGAUGAUUUUCCAACACCUAGAAGUAUUGAAGCAGCUGAAAAUAACACAGAUUUUGCAAGUUCUUUAUCCUACCGUAUUGACAACGAAGAAUCCAAUCCAACUGAAGUCAGGAAAUUGAAGAAAAAGGCCUAUCUAAAGAAAAAUAAAACUGGACCAUCAGAUGAAGAAAUAGAAAUGGGAGACACCCUCAGGAAUACUGGCAUUACAGAUUUCACAUGGACUUUGGGUUCUCCUAAAAAGGAGGUAUUAUCUAGUGUGGACGUACUUAUCAGAUAUACUGAAUUAUCUCGUGACGAAGGACCAGUACAAAAAAAUUGGGGGUUUGCAGAAGACCUUGAAGACACUAUAGAUACCCCUGCAAGAAGGAUUGGAGUACGGCCGAACUUUGAAGAUGAUGAUGACGUUAUGUUGUAAUGAAAAUGAAAAAACUUAUUGCAUACUUUACUAGUUAGGAAAAGUUAUGAAAAUUGUAAAGGAUUGGUGUACAAUGAUAUCUGUCUUACUUAUGAAGAUGUGUGUAUUGAAAGAAAAGUCUUAAUCAUGACUUUAUAAAGGAUAUCAAUAACAAAAAUCAACGAAACAUCUUUUUAUGGAAAGAUCAGUGUUCAAAUUUGAUGUAGCUUGAGUUGUCUUCCUUAGAUUAAAAAUGGUAAAAAUACUUUUUGAUAAAAGAAAACCCACCUAAUCUAGAGCUCAAAUGUGGUCUCAGAAAACUUCUUUUCAAAAAAACAAAGAAAUUGUCAGUUAAAAAUGAGAUUUAGUUGUUGUGUCGAUAUGGUAUAAAACAAUCUAUAAUUGAGAAUCUUAUCUAAGGGGAGGUAAUUGUCAUCAUUGUUUAUUUUGAUGACCUAAUGGGGAAAUGUUUAAAGCUGGUCAUUUCUUUAUAAAGGGAGAAAAUGAUGAUUAGGAAAUAUGAAAAAUUAUAUUAUUUUGAAGUGAAAGAAUAUAUCAUAUGCAGAUUUUAAAAAAAAUGAACUUAACAAGUGACCUGGAUUACUUUGUCAUAAAUGUAAAAAAAAAAAUGAAGUGCAAGUGAUGACAAAAUUUCCAACAAAGAGUCCAAAACUAAUUGGAGUGUGAGUUGAGCUGAAAGUAAACAAUAUUUUCUGUAGAGCUUUUUAUUUUGGCUGACUUUGUAAUAGAUCCACCCAUUCAUAAUACAAUGAAAAUAGGUUGUUUUCUGUAAUGGUAGUAUUUUUCAUAUUGAAAAAUUGAGAAUGUUGUAAAUUUAAAUCAAGUUUUGCUCCGUCCAUUUUACUUAAUUCACUGGUGCUAAUGUAAAAUGUAUUUAAUUUGUUUAGAGGAAUUGUUUGUACUUGCAUGACAUUAUAAUUUAUUUUUAUUUCUGUAUGUACCCCAUAUGGUCUGUGUUGAAGUGUUUCAAAUGCAGCUUCAUGUAGCUCGAAAGGUCAAAUUUUGCAAACUUUUUUCGGAAAUGUCUUUUUUUUCCCACCAAAGUUAAACUGGUUAUUGAGUCAUGAUAAUUCCUCCACCUUAAACAUAUAUGCCAGUUAAAUUCAUUUAAAUUGGUUGAUUUGUUCCAUUAAUUUUAAAAAGAUUUGGGUCCUUUGUUAAUAUCUUGAGAUCUUGAGAUUACACUGUUCGGACUCUGGACUUCGACCUAAAAGCUUUCAUAGAAGCAUGUACUUACCAGUAGAAAUGGUUAGAUAAAACAACUCAGUUAUAAGUACUGGUUUUUACUCUAAACUAUUCAUUUAUUAGUUUAAUUUGUUUGUUUGAAGCAUUACAAUAUUCAUUUUAUUAUAAAGAGUUAUGUCCCUUGUUCAUACUCUCCUUUUCAUUUUUCCAAAUGUGAUAGCCAAAUGGCAAUUAUAAUCAGUGCUAAUUCAUUAUUUACAUAGCUUUACAUUGUAUAUUAUAAUAUUUAUAAGUAAAGGUAAAUACUUGACUUAAAUAAUGGAAAGGUUGUUUGUUCCAUUAUACUAUUUAUGAGUAAAGAGGAAAUUCUUUACUUUAAUUUGUAUUAUGUUAAUUUAAAAAAAAAAGGUUGUCUCUUUAUGUAAAUAAUACACAUACAUACUUGAAUUGUAUAUGAAAAAGUUGCUCUAUUAUGAUAUUGAAAUGUAAAUUGGGGAAAAGUAGUUUCAAGUUGUUCUAUCCCAAAGCUUAUGUGUUUAAUACACUGUUGUCAUUAUACCAUAGAUUGAAAACUAUGAAGGUUGUUUAAAUCACAAUGUUGAGGUCUAAUGUGAAAUUAACACUGUUUGCAGGUUGUUUCUUUUAAAACAGAGUGUUUACAAUAUUAUACUAUAUUUUUUUUAUGAUUUGAAAUAAAAACAAAUAAUGUGAUCAUUCCAAAAAUCCUUAUUUUCUGUCAUAAGUAUUUCUUCCAUAGGUCAUUGCUUAAGGACUAGAUAGAGCUAAUAGGCUGAAUAUUAUCAAAGAGGGCAGAGGGGUCCUGAUCCCUGAAAUCCUGGGGUUACAAACAUAAAAUCCUGAGGUCCUGAAUUUAAAGAAAUUUAAAUCCUGGCCUUCGAAAAAAGAAUUCCCGGGGUCCCGAAAGGAUCAAUCCCGAAAUCCCAUGCUUAAAAACGACUGAUCCCGACUUCCUGAGGCCAUGGAAAAUUAAUUGUUGGUUUCCCCUAACAUGGGAAAAUUUUAUAGACCUGGCAGGCAGGCGUUUCUUUUUUUCUUUUUUUUUUGUGUAACCAUGCAUAAUUUUAUAUCUAUAUGUUUUGUUACUAUUGGGGAACUAUAAUCUUGCAUAUUUUCAACACUUUUAGUUGUCUCUGUAAAAAAAUAAUAAAAAAAAAUAUUUAUUUUUUUACAGAAAAAUAAAAUGACCUGGCGGUAAUUGAAUGACCCGGUCGGGUUAGGGGAAACCAUCAUUUAUUUUUCCAUGGCCUGAUAAAGGUCCUGCACCCCCAUUAAACAGUUGGGUUGGGGAGGGGGGUUGUGUGCACAGUUAACCCUGACAGAAUCUGCACUUCAGAUAAUAUUAAUUUUGUAUUUCAAUGUUUUAUUUUUAUUGUUGUUAUUGUGUUUUACAUUUUAAGGGUAAAAAUUUCUUGUGAAAUAUCAUGAAAUUUUUUUAUUUAGGAUUUUACUAAUCUCAGGUAUUCCAGGAGUAUAUAUCUCUGUAAGAUGGAUUAAUUGUUUUUCUUAAUACUGUUUCAAUACAUAAAGGCUAUAUCACCAAGACUCAUUUUAAGAUUAAAGUAGGAUACCCAUGGAAUGGUUUCAAUAUGAUAUUGUUUUCACUUGAUUCAUUUUUACAAGUUUUAUGAGGAUUGAUCAUAUAUAAGAUUCCAUUUUAUCUCCAGUAUUUAGUGCUUUGACAUAUUUAUAACAUACAUUUUCUUGACUUUUCUGUCUUUGAAAAUAGAAAUUAUGGAUAAAUUAAGGUUCCAAUUUCUGAGACAAAGGUGACCUAAGGGGGUCUUUUGCAAUUGUUUUAAGGAUCAUUUCUGUCAUCCAUUGCUUUAAAUAUUUUGGUUUUUAGUGGUUUUAAGUGUUCCAGAAAAGUACUUCGGACGCACCAUAUUUUAUAAAGUGUUAUUUUCAUUUGAUUGAAUAUUACUCAUAGUUUCAUAUUUAAUUUUAUCUGAUGAUAUUUAAACCUUUUAUUAAAUGUAGACAGUUUUAAUUAUUUUAACUUAAUGUUUAUAUGUUGUGUUUUAAUUAUUAGUAAUUUUAUUGGGAAAAAAAUGGAAUUUUUACCAAUGAAAUGAAUAAAUACUAAUUAUAUCUAAUUUUAACGCAUUAUUUCUACAGCUGAAUGUUUUAACACAUAUCAUUUUUCUUAUCUAUGUAAAUUUAUUAUUCAUUUGAAUAUUUUUUAUGUUGUUUUAUUUUAUCCUGAAUUAGUUCAGGCCAAUCUAGAGUAGUUAACUUGUAUGGGUAGGAUGGCAAGCUGUAUUUGGAUAUUGGUUUAAGUGUCGUUUAUGACCAGUUUAUUUAUGAAGAAAUACUCAAAAGAAAAUAUGUUGCUUAAAAAGGGAGAGUCUUGGAGAUUGAAACUCUUUCAUAUCUAGAUCUCCCAUAAACUUUUCUUAUAAAUAGAAUAGACUUAAAUAAGUAUGAGGACCCAAUGUAAAGAUGACCUACUUUAAAUUCGUUUUUUUUUUUUAGGUGUAAAAUUUUUUUGGAUUAAAGAAGAAAAUUGUGUUUUCUUGGAUAUUUGAUUUUGUGGUUUUGUCUGGCUUGGAGCAUUUAGAAAAUAUCAUUCCUUGAACUUUCAAAACGAAUUUAACUAAAAUUGCUAUCCCACGAAAAAUGAAAAAUUUACAGUUUCUGAACUAAAUAUAUAUUUAUCUUCUCUGAGUGACUUGCAAAUAUGUGUGAUGUUACUUGGGUGGGAAAGAAUGUGCAACAAUUCUCUUUCUUCACAUUCUAACAUUUGAAUUAAUUUUGAAGGCAUGAUCAAACUACACAACAAACUUGGAAAGCAAGCUCACUAAUAUUUUGUUGAACAUGCUAUUGAAGAAAAGUUGUGAUUGAUUUCUUUAAUCAUUUUCAAAAGUGAACUUUCUAAUUUGGUUUGGUCAUUGUACAUUUGUUACAAGAAAAGCUUUAACCUACUGUUAUUAUCAAAGAUUAAGAUAAAAAUUUGUAGGUUGUUUUUUUAUGAAGAAAAUUACCCACCAGAUUUUUUGGAAAAGAUGUUUUUAAGAAAUGUUACAGAUUAUGUAAAAAAUUGUCCACCUGAUUUUUACUUUUUUGAAACUUGUUUAGGGAAACGUUACAGAUAAUGUAAAUGAGAACUCAUGUGUCAACAAUAUAUUAAACUGUAUUAUUCAUAUCUUUAUUCAUGAUUUAUUUUAGGUACAAUACAGAAAAUAAAUCAUGUUUUACUGUC